UGGGUCGCCUCUCUCGCGCCACUUUCGGGCGCGUUGGCGCGAGCGUGCUCGGGGCCAUGGCGGAGAGCGGGAGCCGGCGCGGCGCUACAUCAGACUCUGGCAGUUUUGCACUGUCACGUUCUCGGCGUGAGAAAAAAUCUAAAAAAGGACACCAAGAAGCUCUAGAACUCUUGAAAAAGGCCAAGGCGGGUGAAAAAGUAAAAUAUGAGGUUGAGGAGUUCACAAGUGUUUAUGAAGAAGUUGAUGAAGAACAAUACUCCAAGAUGGUCAGGGAACGCCAGGAUGAUGAUUGGAUUGUAGAUGAUGAUGGGAUAGGUUAUGUAGAAGAUGGAAGGGAGAUCUUUGAUGAAGAUCUAGAAGAUGAUGUCCUUGGUUCCAAGAAGAAAGUAGGAAAAGGUGACAAAACAUCCACAAAUGACAAAAAGAAUGUGAAGAAGUCUGUGGUGUCAAAGCCAAACACUAUCAAGUCUAUGUUUAUGGCUAGUGCUGGGAAGAAAAAUACAGAUAAAACUGUAGACUUGUCCAAGGAUGACUUGCUCGGGGAUAUUCUGCAAGAUCUGAAUGCUGAGACCGUUCAGAUAACUCCACCUCCAGUUGUAAAGCUAAAAAAGAAAAGACCUGUUGGAGCUUCACUGAAUCCUUUCUCUGUACAUUCACAGGCCCAUACGGUAGUAACCCCUAUAGUAAGGAAAGCUCCCACCACUGUCAGAAAGGAAGUUCUUUCUCCAACUGCCUCUGAUCCUAAGCAUACCACAAAACCUGUUGCAGUCCAUAAAGAGAGUGGUGCUGAAUAUACAAUAAAAGCUGCAGAAAACGAAGAACUGGUGAAAGCAAAAGCAGAGAAAGCUAUUCAAGAAAAUGAUCAGAGCAUGAUGGAUUUUGAGGAUGGGGAUUUUGAUGAACCUAUGGAAGCAGAUAUACCAGAGACUGCCGGGACCCUGAAGAAAGAACAGAAACUAGAAAAGAAAGAGACACAGCAAGUGGAUUCUGUGAAGGAAGAUGCAUCCUUUUUAAGUUCUUUUCUCCCUGAUAUGUCCUGUUGGACCAGAAUGGAUAAGGGUGAAAUUGAUUUAGUUGCCUCAGAAGUUCAAGUGGACCCCAGUUGCCUGCCACUAGUGAAUGGGGAAGAUGGUGAUCAAGUCUUUAGGUUUUAUUGGCUGGAUGCUUACGAAGAUCAGUAUAGUCAACCAGGUGUGGUAUUUCUGUUUGGUAAAGUGUGGAUUGAAUCAGCAGAGGCCUAUGUCAGCUGUUGUGUGACAGUGAAAAACAUUGAGAGAACUAUCUAUCUACUGCCACGUGAGAUGCAAAUUGACCUAACUUCUGGUAAAGAGACAGAAAAUCCUGUGACUAUGAUGAGCAUCUACCAAGAAUUUAAUGACCAGAUUGCUGUAAAAUAUAAGAUCAUGAAGUUCAGAUCCAAGAAAGUUGAAAAGAAUUAUGCUUUUGAGAUCCCGGAUGUUCCAGCGAAGUCUGACUACCUAGAAGUUAAGUACUUGGCUGAGUUCCCUCGGCUUCCUCAAGAUCUGAAAGGAGAGACAUUUUCUCAUGUAUUUGGAACGAACACUUCUAGCCUGGAACUUCUCUUGAUGAGUAGGAAGAUCAAAGGACCAAGCUGGCUGGAAAUAAAAAAUCCACAGCCCUUGAGUUAUUCAGUCAGUUGGUGUAAGGUGGAGGCAAUGGCACUGAAACCUGAGUUGGUGAAUGUAGUUAAAGAUCCUCCUCCUCCUCCUCCUCUUGUGAUCAUGUCUCUCAGCGUGAGGACAAUUCAGAAUGUGAAGACUCAUCAGCAUGAGGUCAUGGCUGUUGCAGCUCUAGUCCAUCAAAGAUUUUGUUUGGAUAAAGCACCUCCUCAGCCUCCUUUCCAGACACACUUUUGUGGUAUUUCCAAACCAAAUGAUUGUAUUUUCCCUUAUGACUUCAGCGAAAUCAUUAAAAGCAAGAAUUCUAACGUAGAGAUUGCUGCAACAGAAAGGACAUUGCUGGGUUUUUUCCUUGCGAAGAUUCACAAAAUUGAUCCAGAUAUUAUUGUGGGUCAUAAUAUUUAUGGCUUUGAUCUGGAAGUGCUGCUGCAGAGAAUUAAUGUGAGCAAAGUCCCUCACUGGUCUAAGAUAGGUCGACUGAGGAGGUCCAUUAUGCCAAAGCUUGGGGGUCGAGGCGGUUUUGCUGAAAGGAAUGCAGCCUGUGGUCGGAUGAUCUGUGAUGUGGAAAUUUCGGCCAAGGAAUUAAUUCGCUGCAAGAGCUACCAUUUAUCUGAAUUGGUCCAUCAGAUUUUGAAAAUCGAGAGGGUAACAAUUCCACCAGAAGAGAUAAGAAAUAUGUACAGUGAUUCUUCUCACUUACUAUACAUGUUGGAGAACACCUGGACAGAUGCCAGAUUCAUUCUGCAAAUCAUGUGUGAGCUGAAUGUUCUUCCCCUAGCUCUGCAGAUUACAAACAUCUCUGGGAAUGUUAUGUCAAGGACAAUGAUGGGUGGUCGAUCGGAGCGUAAUGAGUUCCUGCUACUUCAUGCUUUUUACGAGAGAGACUAUAUUGUGCCUGACAAGCAAGUUUUUAAAAAGCCUCAGCAGAAGCUGGUGGAUGAAGAUGAAGAUGUUGAAAAUCAGAAUAAAUCAAAGAUAGGGAGAAAGAAGGCAGCAUAUGCUGGGGGUCUAGUCUUGGAUCCGAAAGUGGGUUUUUAUGACACAUUUAUUUUGCUUCUGGACUUCAACAGCUUGUACCCUUCAAUUAUCCAGGAGUUCAACAUAUGUUUUACCACAGUGCAGAGAGAGUCAUCAGAUGUACAGAAAAGGGCAGAGGAUGGAGUGCAAGAAGAAAUUCCAGAACUACCAGAUCCAUCUCUAGAAAUGGGAAUUUUGCCUAAAGAGAUCAGAAAGCUGGUGGAGAGAAGGCGACAAGUCAAGCAAUUAAUGAAACAGACGGAUUUAAAUCCUGACCUCUAUUUACAGUAUGAUAUCAGGCAGAAGGCUUUGAAGCUUACAGCUAAUAGCAUGUAUGGCUGUCUGGGGUUUUCCUACAGUAGAUUCUAUGCCAAGCCUUUGGCUGCUUUGGUGACACACAAAGGGAGAGAGAUUUUGAUGCAUACUAAGGAGAUGGUGCAGAAGAUGAACCUUGAAGUGAUUUAUGGAGAUACAGAUUCCAUUAUGAUAAAUACGAAUAGCACCAACCUGGAGGAGGUUUUCAAGCUGGGGAACAAGAUUAAAAGUGAAGUGAACAAGCUGUACAAAUUGUUGGAGAUUGAUAUUGAUGGGGUCUUCAAGUCCCUGCUACUGUUAAAGAAGAAGAAGUAUGCUGCUCUGACGGUGGAGCCAACAGGAGAUGGGAAAUAUGUUACCAAACAGGAAUUGAAAGGAUUGGACAUAGUCCGAAGAGACUGGUGUGACCUUGCAAAAGAAACUGGAAACUAUGUAAUUGGUCAGAUUCUUUCUGACCAGUCCCGAGAUACAAUCGUGGAAAACAUUCAAAGACGACUAAUAGAAAUUGGAGAAAAUGUGAUAAAUGACAGAGUCCCAAUAAGUCAAUUUGAAAUCAACAAGGCAUUGACAAAGGAUCCUCAGGAUUAUCCUGACAAAAAAAGCUUGCCACAUGUGCAUGUUGCCAUGUGGAUAAACUCUCAAGGAGGCCGAAAGGUGAAAGCGGGAGAUACUGUGUCGUAUGUGAUCUGUCAGGAUGGGUCAAAUCUGAGUGCCAACCAGAGAGCAUAUGCUCCAGAACAGCUGCAAAAACAAGAAAAUCUUACUGUUGAUACUCAGUACUAUCUGUCACAACAGAUUCACCCGGUAGUGGCUCGAAUCUGUGAGCCCAUAGAUGGAAUUGACUCUGUUCUGAUUGCAACAUGGUUAGGACUGGAUCCCUCCCAAUUCAAAGUCCAUCACCAUUACCAUAAAGAUGAGGAGAAUGAUGCCUUACUUGGUGGCCCGGCUCAGCUCACUGAUGAGGAGAAAUAUAGGGAUUGUGAAAGAUUCAAGUUUUCCUGUCCAAGAUGUGGAACAGAGAACAUUUAUGACAAUGUCUUUGACGGUUCGGGAAAGCUUAUGGAACCCAGCUUGCAACAGUGCAGUAAGAAAGAAUGUGAUGAGUCGCCUUUCAACUAUAUGAUUCAAAUGAACAACAAACUACUCUUGGAUAUUAGACGUUACUUAAAAAGCUACUAUAAUAGUUGGUUAAUAUGUGAGGAGCCAACUUGCCGGAAUCGAACCCGUCGCCUUCCCCUCAGUUUCUCCCAGAAUGGUGCUUUAUGUCAGGCCUGUAAGAAGGCUAUCCUCAGACCUGAAUAUUCCGACAAGGCCCUGUACACCCAGCUGUGCUUUUACCGGUACAUUUUUGAUGUGGACUAUGCAAUGGAGAAAGUUAUUACUGAUCAAGAGAGAGAAAGCAUGAAGAGGAAGCUGACCAUAAAUGAGACAGAGGUUUACAGAAAGUUGAAGAACACAGUAGACAAAUUUCUGUGCUCGAGUGGCUAUUCUGAAGUAAACCUCAGCAAACUCUUUCAGACUUUCAGUAUAAUAAAAUCUGUGAGAGAUCUCAGUAAUGAAAGACAAUGAUUAAGUGAAAAUGAUGGGAGAAGAGAGGUUUGUUGUCCUUCAAAAACAAUCAUCUUUUUUCUCCUCUGGUUUUCCCAUUUUAAACAAUAAUACUUUGAUUUCAACAUACAUAAAAGACAGAUGUGUUUUAAUCAUCUUGGUUUAUCAAUGGAGAAAAAAAGUAAAGAUAAAAACAGAAUAUAGUGAUUUACUGGACCACCUAAAUAGUAGAUUUUGUGUAUAUAUAUAUUGUGUUGUAUCUAGACCUAUGAGGGAAAAGGGGGUGGGUGAACUGCUGCUUUAAUUGAAUAAUUCCCAGUGAGAGUUGCUGGAAUGUAAGUGAUCCUAGACUUUGCUCCAGGGUAUUUAGUAGAGGUGCUCUCAGGAAAAGAGGUUAGUAGAGGUCUCAGUAGGAGCACUAAUGUUUUGCCUUUUCAUAGUUUAUCUACUUUCCUAUGGUAAACAUACCAAUUAAAAACAAUACUAAACCUAAAAGCCUCCUAAUGUCCUAAUACCUUCUUCUGAAGGGGGCUUUACUUUUAAGAUUUAUAUAUAAAGGUACUGAACAAGGGAUGGAAGUUUUAUAACCUGUACUUACCAAAAACAGAGAAUCAUAUUUUUUCUGUUUUAGAUGUACUUCCUUUGUACUUAAACAUAAAUAAAGUCUUGCUAUUCUAAAGAAAUAAAUAUGCAGUCAGCUCACCAGCUACACAGACUAAGCGCAUAGAUAUCUAUCUUUAUCCACACAAAAAUCAGAUGAUAUAAACAGUCAGUGACAAAAAUGUGGAUACAAUGCAGUGUAGCCAAAAAAA